CUUCCCCCGCGCGAUAAAUAAAGUUACUUAGAAGUUUUGUGUUUGAAAUAAAGAGUUUUUUUACAAACGUUUUUCAAUCUAAAUCAAAUGCAAAUUGUAAUUGUUUUUUCACUGAUUUAGAAUUGGAGAAAAAAUAAUUGAUGACUUAACCAAACUUAUAACCAAUAAACUUUGUUCGCAAGGGUUAUUCUGUGUUGCUCUAUUUUUUCUUCGUUUAUCUUAUGUGUGAAUGUUGUGAGUCGCUGCCGAAAUAAAUAAUGGAAACCCAGUGCAACGAAAAAGUAGAGUGUGCAAUCGCAAAAACCGAUUCGCCACAAGUACAUAACCUCACAACUGAACUGAACUCAAAUGAACUUGAAUCUGGUUGUGUACAAGUAGAAAACGUUGGAGUUGUUCAGACCGAGUUGUCAACAGAGGAAGCUGAUUUAGUUGCAAACAAGAGUAAGCAUAAUAAAGAGAUUGAAAAUGCAAAAAAGUGCGAAAAUUCAGCCGAAAAAAUUGAUAAAGUGUCAUUCAAGAAACCAAAUCUGUUGAUUGGGCCUCGAAGAGGAAAACAGAGUUCAUUGAAAACAGUGAGCGGUACAAUUUCAAAUGAACCACCUGAUGCAUUGCUAGCUGAAAAAACAGCCAGUGAUGAUGGAAAUUCAGAGAGAGAGAAAAGUUUACUGUGCGACAAGCAACAAAUACCACUACAAUACAAAGAGCCUUCUUGGAGCGGACCACCAGAAGACAAAUACAAGAUUGAAGUAUUGAAGUCAGGUGUGAUUCUAGAAAUAAUCGACUUGAGCAAAAAAAAUUUUUAUGUAGUCGGAAGACUUCCUACAUGCGAUAUAUCGCUUGCUCAUCCGACUAUUUCUCGUUAUCAUGCCAUAUUCCAGUACCGUCACAUUGAGGAUGAGAAACAACCAAAAGGAUUUUAUAUCUAUGACUUGGGUAGCACACACGGUACUUUCUGGAAUGGAUGCAAAAUUAGACCCAAUACUUAUGCCAGAUUACAAGGUGGCCACAUGAUAAGAUUUGGCUGCAGUCAGAGAAAAUUCAUCAUUCAAACACCUCCAGAAGAUAUGGAAGAGGAGUCUGAAUACUCAGUUACUGAGUUAAAGGAACAACGUCGUUUGUUGAUGCUGGAAAGAGAACAACAAGCAAAGGAGGAACAAGAACGAGCUGAAGAAGAAGAAAGAUUAAGACUCGAGAGAGAAGAAAAUGAAGGAAUCGAUUGGGGUAUGGGGGAAGAUGCAGACGAAGAAACAGACCUGACAGAAAAUCCUUACGCGUCAACCAACAACGAAGAAUUAUUUUUGGAUGACCCUAAGAAAACAUUGAGAGGAUGGUUCGAGAGGGAGGGACAUGAAUUACAGUAUGAAACCGAAGAAAAAGGAAUUGGACAAUUUCUAUGCUGGGUGGACCUUCCUAUCGAUGGAGCUGGUGGUCGCUCAGUGAGAGCCGAGGCUAUUGUUAAAGGGAAGAAGAAAGAAUCGGUCAUCCAAUGUGCUCUCGAGGCUUGCAGAAUUUUGGAUAGGCAUGGAGUUCUUAGACAAGCUACUCACGAAGCGAGAAAACGUAAAACCCGAAAUUGGGAAGAAGAAGAUUUCUACGAUUCAGACGAGGACAACUUUUUAGACAGAACUGGAACAGUCGAGAAAAAACGUGAACAAAGAAUGCGACAAGCUGGAAAGUUGGAAGAAAAAGUGGAGACUUAUGCCUCCUUGGUUGAGAAACAUACUUCGAUUGUUAAAAAAAUAGCCGAUAUAGAGGGUCGAAUAAAAAAGUCACAAAAAUCGAAGGAGGACAUAGAGACGUCAAACGAGGAUGCCUUGGACGCAUUUAUGUCGAGUCUCAAUUCAAAUGUUUACGAUAAAGCUGGAAUCCGGAAAAUGAAACUCGAAUUGCAAAGUUUGCGAAAAGAGGAAGAAAGCUUGAUGAAGUUGGUUAACAUUACGAAACCAGCAAAUUUACCGACGUUGACCUCGCAACAAUGUUCUGACGAUUUACCGAACUUUACUGAUGAAAACAAAAGUUCAAAGUCAUCGAAUAAACGAUUUGCAUCGAGUAUAAAAAAAAGUAUUUCCAAGACUGAAAUAGACGAAGUGGAACCCGCGACGAGACAGUCGAGCAAAGAAGUGCCUGGAAUUGCCAAUUCGACAACCUGUCUCGUCGAGGAAGAAUCGAAAAUCGUUGAAUUACCCGUUACCGAGAAUCCUGAACGCGAAGAGAGCAGGCCUUUGAAUGACGAUGGUGCGGUAGCAAGUACAGAGGUCAAGGAAAAAAGUGAUGCAGAAUUAGCAAAGAAGAAAAUGAAAAAUAUGAAACGAAUGCAACAGAGGGCUGGUAAAGUUGUAAAAGAAAUACAAAAAGGAUAUGGAGACGAGACAUUUGACGAGGAUUAUUCUAUGUGGUUGCCACCACAAAAUCAAAGUGGCGAUGGCAAAACGAGUCUCAAUGAUAAAUAUGGUUAUUGAAUUUGUCGAAAAAAAUACCACAAAUGUAUUAUGUUGUAAAUAGAAUUAAGUUAAUAACAAUAAAAAACAUUAUUUAUCUGGA